GUCUGGCCUAAUUUCACCGACUCCAGUUGCCGCACUUUCGUCAACCUUACGCUGCUUCACUGCUCAUUAUUGUUUGCGCUAUAUAUAUCUCGUCGAUUCAGUCUUAUUUCUUCAUCAAACACAAGACACAUUUCCCGCAUACAACAAUCUAAUCUGAUAAUUCUCUUCUUCUGUUUAUUACUUCGCGAUGGUCUCUUUUCUUUCUUCCUGCAAUAAACUCGGUUUGCUUUUCUUGUUUUCGGUGCUUCUGAUUGGGUUCAACUCAUGCGAAGGGAGACGACUCGUUGAGUCCAGUGAAACCCAGCAGCCAUUGCAGUUUCAGUAUCACAACGGCCCUCUUCUUGGAGGAAAAAUCUCCAUAAAUCUCAUCUGGUAUGGCAAGUUCAAGCCGUCUCAACGAGCGAUUGUUUUGGAUUUUGUUGCUUCACUCACCUCGGCCGGCAAGUCAACAACAGCUCAGCCAUCUGUUGCUACGUGGUGGAAACAGAUUGAGAGAUACUACCAACUCGCGAAGAACAAGAACAGACGAUCCUCUAAUCUUGUCCUCUCAAUGGGUAGACAAAUCUUGGAUGAGAAUUACUCGUUAGGCAAAUCGCUUACGACUCAGCAGAUUGUAAAACUGGCUUCAAAGGGUGCGCAAAAGGACGCCAUCAACGUUGUUCUGACGUCUGCGGAUGUGGUUGUCGAGGGUUUCUGCAUGAGCCGGUGUGGGACUCAUGGGUCCGGUCUUGGUUCAGCCAGUGGGAAAAGAUCCAAAUUCGCUUACAUCUGGGUUGGCAACUCGGAGACUCAGUGUCCGGGUCAAUGCGCCUGGCCAUUCCACCAGCCCAUCUAUGGACCACAGAACCCACCACUUGUGGCGCCCAACAACGACGUGGGUCUUGAUGGAAUGGUGGUGAACUUGGCUAGUCUCUUGGCUGGAACUGCAACCAACCCAUUUGGGAACGGCUUCUUCCAGGGACCAAAAGAGGCGCCGCUUGAAGCUGCUUCGGCUUGCCCGGGAAUUUAUGGCAAAGGCGCUUACCCUGGCUACGCUGGCGAGCUGUUGGUGGACUCUGCUACCGGUGGUAGCUACAAUGCUCACGGCGUCAGUGGCAGGAAGUAUCUGGUUCCAGCGUUGUUUGACCCUGCUGCGUCAACUUGCUCUACUUUGGUCUGAGGAUUGUCAAAUAAUAUAUAUAUGCAAUAGGAAUGCAAAGUAUAUAAAACUAAAUAUAUGGAGAGUGUAUCUUAUACGUAUUAUGGGAGAGAUUCUUUCAUUCAAUUGUUCUUUGUACUAUAAAUUCAAUAGAAAAAAUUGAGUUCUAUUUCUUGGGCCUA